AUGCAAUCAGAUUCGAUGGACCUUGUCGUGGACACCAUGGAAUAUUGCCAGCCGCAGAAGUUCCAUGUCUCUCCCGAGCAGCCCAACGAUCGCCAGGCCCGUUCCAUGUCUCCCUCGCUGCAGGCGAACAUCAAGCCCCUGCCGCCCCAAAACAGCRGACCCGAUGGCGGCAUGUUGGCGUCUGCUCCAGUCCGCAACAGCCAUCGCCAGCCACUCGGUCUCAUCAUAAGACAGACAUCCGGACAACUUAUUGAGCAACCGCCUUACCAGGCCGACUAUCCUAAGGAAGUUGUGGACUCUCGCUUCGACUCCCGUGAGAAGGAAGGUACCAGAGAGGAUGGCUAUCACAUGCAUCACUCUCAUGAUGGGGGAGUCUCCGAAGAUGGACAUCGAGCCAUUCGAACCUUUCCGACACCCUGUUCGACUAAGAAAGGUACCGAGCAAGACAGUCAGUGGCGUGGAGAGCAGUCAAAGCAGACGGUCGCGCCCACCGCGAAGCGUAGGGUGAGAAAACUGAGAAGAAAGCGACCUGCUGUGCCAGUUGUCACCCAAACAGAGGAGCUUCCGAAACAAGACGUGCCGGUAGAAUCCGAUUCUCGUGAAAUCAACAUGAGCAGCAACACCAACCAAGGCGCGACUCGCGCUAUCCAAGUUGAGCCUACGAUUGUUGAUGUCCAACGCAUUGGCCAGCAAGAUGUGCCGAUUCCAGGCCUCCGACCUGACACUCUCCAAUUGCAACAUGAGAUGCAGGCAGCAGCUGUUGACGAAGGCAAGUACUAUCAUGAUGACCGUGAUCGCUCACGCAAUGAUCUGCGACCCGAUGAGCAGUUCGAACAGGAUGACCAGCACGCAGCAUUACCAAUGCAUCAUCAGUACCUCCAGCCGCAGCAAGAUCAGUACGGUCCUCCUGAGCCAGACACGAAUUUUGCGGAGGAUUUGCGACCAGACCAGUGUCCUUCGUCUGACAUUUUCGAAGAUGCCGCAAAGGAAUUUGAGAAUAAGCUCUACCGGAAACAGAAAGCCAAAUCAGACAAGCACAGGGCGGAGCGGACUGAGUGGCGGAGCAAGUUUCGGCAAGAGCUUCAAGCCAAGCAGAAGCUGCAAGAUAGUUUUGAUGUGCUCCAUCGAGAGAAGACUGAGCUUACAGUGGCGAUCGAGAAGCAGAGGACAAAGAUCAUGGGCUUGGAAGCCAUGGCUAACAAGCUCAAGAUAUUCGUCGGUGGUCUUUCCAACGACAUGGGUGCUUUGAAGAGAGAUGCCAGCAUACAUCGCCAGAACUGCAUAGAGAUUGGUGAGRAAACCGAGGAGCACAAAGCUGUGCUGGGUGGUCUACUGCAGCAGCUUUCUCGAAACGCCGACAAAUCCUCGCAGCUGAAGACCGAAGCGAUCAAAGCAUGCCACAGUGCGAGAAAUGACCUUUCAAUAGAAACCAUGCGCAACUCUCACCUCGAGGAGAGUUUGAAGGAAAAGACUUCGCUGCUUGCGGAGGAGAAGUGGCUUCGAGAGCAGCUUCAAGCUCAGCUCAGCUCUGCAGAGAAGGAGUCCAGAGACGCGACACUUCGUGUGCUUAGAUCGAGCGAGCAAUCUAUUCUCGACAAGCUGUCCGAACUCGCAGCUUCGGUUCACGAAACGGAGAAUGGACAAGCCAUGUCUGAGCAGCUUGAGAAGACUCUGGCAGCAGUCCAGGGGCUCCACACUCAGCAGAAGACUGCGGUCAAUGACAUCGCAUCGGUGAAAGGCAUCGUCGAGAGACUGUCAGAAACCCUGACCAAUCGCGCUGGAGACACGCAACACAGGAGGGAUCAAGACUCCUCACUCAAGUCUCACAUCGACGAGGCUUUGGAAAGCUUGAAGACGGAUCUUUGCCAACAGGAGAAGCUUGCUGCACAGGAUGCCACAAACCGUGAGACCAUCUCAGGAUUGCAGAAGCAGCUUGAAGAUGUCAGCAACCGCAUGAUGGAUUGCGAUUCAACUCUGUCAGGCACCCGAGCCAGCGAAACUGAACUCAAAGGACAGGUUGUUGCUUUGCAAGCGAAAGUCGACAAUCUCCAACGCCAGCUUGUCCCCAGUGAGCUUAUUUCAGCGCAGCUGAGCGAGCUGAAAGCAGAGCUUAGUCUCAAAACCACCGCUUUGCAGACCGCAGGGUCAGAGCUGGAGACCAAGACUCGCGAUCUGAGCAGGUUGAGCGCAUCAUGCGGAGAGCUACAGUCGCUACUCAAGACACUUCAAGAGCAAUUGAAGGAAGCACCAGGUGUCACGAUCUUUGAUGCUGAGCGAGCCACGCUUGAGGAGAACCACCUCAAGCAGAUCGAGACCACCAAGGCUGAGAUGACGAAAAUGUUUAAUGAGUGGCACGWGAAYGAGGUGACAAACGCGACAAACAAACUCCAGUCAAUGACACACGAUCAUGAUAAGCUCGCGAGAGAACUUGAGGCCGUUGGCAAGCGACUGGCGUCAACUCAGACGCAGAUUGAGGAGCUUCAAACGAAGCACGCAUCGCAUGUUUCCGACAUGCAGAAGAAGAUUAAUGCCGCCGAGAGUGUUGCAGAAGAACGGAAGAAGCAGGUUGAGAUACUGGAGUCAGAUCUUCAGACUGCACAGCAAGCUAGCAACGAAGCUGGUUCGCUUCGUGCUCAGCUCGUGGCUGGAAAGGAGGACCUGCAGACCAUGAUUCAGGAGAAGGACUCGCUCGUCGACCAGAUGGAUCAACUCCGACGCGAUCGCGAGAAAGGCGAAGAGCGACUCAAGCAAGAACUCCGACAAUGCCRUACCGAUAGCGAAGAAACGGAGAAACGUCUGAAGGCAGAGGUGCAUGCAGCUGAGAAGCACGGUACAGAAGUUAAUCGGCAGUUGCAGAAAUCAGCAGAGAUGGCCAUCGAGGCGGAGAGGGCGAACUACGACAAGCGAGUCGAGGCCCUCCAGAAGAGCUUGCAGGAUUCACAUGACGACCUGCAGAGACGCAUCAAGACAGAUGAAGAAUUCCGGGAAGAAGUGCAGCGAAGUUGGCAGAGUGAGGAGAGAAAAAACCAAGCUUUGGUCACGGAGCUGAAUGACAAGAUCUUGCAGGCUGAGAUCCAACGAGACGAGGCCAUUGCUGACAACGAGGGCCUUGGAGAGGAUCUCGCACGAGUACGAGAGCCCACACUCACACUGACUGAUGCAUUAGCCAAGCCAUCAACACAAACCAGCGAAGCCGUCGGAUCAAGUGAUCCUCGCUUGCAGAAUCGACACCAGCAGUCUGAGGUGGUCAUCGCCUCGCUUGAGACAUCAGAGCCGUCGCAGAAUCCACCCGCCCAAGAGGGGGCCGGCCAGGCUACAAGGCUGAUUACUCAACCAACCACAGCGCUUGCCUCUGAURCAGCGGAGAAUCCGAAGGCAUACUCUCGCGGACCUGUCAUCGAGGAGUCGCAGCUGGAGCCGUUUYCUGCGUCUUACUUCCCACAUACCCAUGGAGAGCCUUCUCCCUGGGAUGAUAUUCCUGGAAGUCAGACAUUUGGUACAUCGGUCGUAAACGAAACGCAGCCCAACCUCUCGCAAUUCAGCCAAUUGCGCGGCGAGGGUUACCAAGCGGCAGACCGCCCGAGCAAGCAACGCCGCGGACCGGCAUCUGAAGAGACACAGCAGCAGCAGCCACACAYAACCCCUCAGCUGCGCAGCUCCAGGCCUCUAUACGGAGCUCCUCACGGUGGACGAGACCAGCAGGCCCCUUUCUCCGCCGACGAGGGCAAUGCUCCUGCAUUCCCCGUAACCGCGGCAGAUAGCCCAAAUUUUGCUCGACGGAAAGUCAUACCUUCAAGCCAACGAGGCGCAUUCCACGGAGCAAUCGUCGAGGAGUCUCAACAAUCCUCCUUCCAUCAGCAGUACAGUCAAUAUUCUGCAGGAACUGACCAGGAGACGCAAUUUGUGCCUGAGACGCAAUACGAGGCAGAUUCACAGGCAGAGGUGGCCCCGCUUGCCAGCUUCCAUGCGGCCUCAACGAUGCGGAAAGGCAAGGAACACGAACUGGCAUGGGGUGGCUUUGGUAACGGUCCAUCUCAUGAUGGUUCGCAAGCUGUACGCAAUAUUCCACCACGCUUCCUCAAACCAAUGCAGCCUCCAAAUACAGCAACGAAGUUGAUACGUUCUGGCACUGGCUCGUCAAGCUUGAGCAGUCUUGAUGAGAGGGAGCUUCUCCUUUCGAGCCCAGCCGCCGCUGCUGCCUCUGGGAAGAGGUCAUCGGUAGUUGCCAAGCACCAGGCUUCAGAAACUGGAUCAUUGACUGGCAGGCCUCGCCGCACGCAGAGCAUCAUACCCCGCAGCUCUCCCGAUUUUGUUGAGCAGAUGGGAAAGGGCCGUAGUCAGAAUACCUACCACGGAGGUGGAUUGGGUAGCAAGGCUGGAUCUCAUCACAACUCGAACCACAAGGAGCCCAGAGCUGCGCCGGGUAAACGCAAGGCCCAAAGCCAGGUCGUUGAAGGCUACGAGCAGGAGCGCGAGAGAAAGCAGGUCAAUCGUAGCAGCCAAGGCGAUGGACACACGCUCAGCGAGCUCGUUGCAUCGCAGAAUCGAGCCUUACAGACUCCGAGUUCAUCGCGAGGCACCCCUCGCGCUUCCGCUCGGCCAUCUCGCAUGCAGACUUUUGCUGGUGCGAGUGCUACAAGCGCCCGUCAGACGAGGAACUCUACUAGAAGGCUUUCCAAGAACGAUGAGAUUAAUGCUCGCUUUGCCCACGAGCUCCGCUCAGCUCGCUGA